AUGGCGACGGGACGGCACAACGCCGUGGGAGGCCCUCGACGAGCCAGCCAGGGCCCGGGCGACCCCCGGCGCGGCAGCCCAGGCACGGACUGGCCAGCGCGCGACGGCCUGGGUUCUCGUCGAUCCCUGCUGGUGUGCAAAAGCAGCGUGGAGGUUCCUGUUACUGGGAUAAUAAUAAUUUUACCAUCACAGAUGGGCCAAACGAGCAAAGAUGAAAGCAUGUGGCUUUGGACAAUAAGCAAUGGAUUGGACAGCAAAGGAGCACCACUUUUAGUUUUCUUAUCAUGUAUACGUUAUCUGAAAUCUGAUUCUGCUCUUAUUGCGUUUGGAACACCCUAUUUAUUUGCCAUCGGGAUUUACUUAAGAUACUCCACACUGUUCAGUCUCGUCUAUAUUUAUUCUGAUACUAUUUAUGGUGGCAUUGAUGGUGUUACCCUUUGA